AUGUCGAUGCAGCUGCUGGUCCACUCAAAACUACGUCCGGCGAUGGUCGUCGUUGCAGCUGCCUUGAUGAUUGCGGCGGCGGCACGUCCCACAGUCCAGAUGUUUCAACCGAGGUCGGUUUCCGUCGUAAACAUGCUGAGCGAUAGGAAGCUGAUCGUGCAUUGUCGGUCCAAAGACGACGAUUUGGGAGCCCACGUGGUGGAAGUAGGCUCUGAGCUGCGCUGGGUGUUCGUCCCGCUCGACGCUACGCUGUUUUGGUGCAAGCUGGCGGUGGAGGAUCGGCGCCAUUCUUUCGAUGCGUACGAUGGGCUGAAGGGAGAUAUAUGCUGUCGUGAUAUUCACUGGAUGACUUCGUACCCUAGAGAUCAAGCCUUGUGA